GAAAGUGUGCAGAUAAAUCGACCAUGGCUUUAGACAGGGUUUUACAUAGGGUUAGGGACCGUAUGCUAUGAUAACCUUAAAGCCAUGGUGGCUUUAAUAAUUUUGUGCUUGUCUGUGCCUCCUCUUGAAGACAUGUCAGAGAUGUUGGCUGCGGCAGCAAAAUUGAGAGAAAACAAGGGAAAAUGGCAACACAUGCGUCUAGGGCUUGAGGGAGACGGCAAAACAACAGAGUCGACAUCUAAUACUAAAGUUGAAAAUGGUCAAGACUCCGAAGGUGGUGAUGGUGGUGCAAGUCAUGUAAGCAGAGAGGAAAUCAGGACAGACCAAGAGCUAAAAAGUCAACGUGCAGCUCCAAGUGCUGCUGCCUCGGCUUCGUCUUCAAACGAAUUUUGUGGCAUGAAAAAAGGAUUUUUGCUUGAUGGUGCAAGAAAGAAAAAGAGCAAAUCGAAAGCAACUGCAUCUACGAAAUCACAAAAGGCGGAAAGUGAUAUUCCAUACAUCAAGCCAACACAGACAAAGGAAGAGUCUCGAUAUUUACCCGAAGUGCAGGAAGUGAUGAAGAACGUGAAGACAAUGCUGGAAGGGAGAGAAUGGAUUACCGACAGUCUCAUUGACAAGCUCAUAAAAAAUCCUGUUGUCGGUCCGAAGCUGUCGAACCCGAGCUUUGCUACAGUUAUUGCUCGAUUACAACAGAACCCACAACAGGCAUUCAAAGACUAUUCAGGCGAUCCAGAAGUGGGCACAUUUUUGAAGGAAGUUAGUAGACUUAUUGGUGACCAUUUUACUAGUUUAGGGGGUCAGCCAAACCCUCCAGUCAAGAGAGCAGCAGCAGCGGACAGUCGUCAAGCUAAAGAUGAAGAAACAAUGAAAAAAGUGCUCGCUAGAGCAGAUGUGAGAGAAGUCCUCAACGAUCCAAAUAUACAAGAGUUGAUCAGGCAGCUGAGGCACGAUCCAGAUAAAGCUCAACAAUUACUGACUCGUUUCCGUAUGGAUCCCGACUUUAGCAAGAAGAUCAGCAAACUAAUAGAAGUCGGCAUUCUAGGGACCACGAGGUGACAAACCAACAAACAAAACUAGAAUGAGUACUCGAGCAACGUCAGAUUUACU